UAUACAAGGAUUUAUUCGAUGGGUGGUGAAUAAGUUUUCAGCAAUAUAAAUAUUAGAUUUUACAUCAUAUGAAGAGUAAAAAAAUGAAUUUAUCUUUAAUUAUUUAAUAAUUUUUCAAUGAAAUAAUUAAUAAUGUUGACCAAACAAAUGGAAUCAAAAGUUGAAGAAAAACCUAUACCUAAACAGACUAAAGACGAUAUUAAUGUGCCAGCAGUUACAGCUAAAUUAGAGAUGUUAACAGUAGAUACUAAUAAUACUAAUAAUGCAAAUAAUAAUACUACUAAUGCAGAAUCAAUCCCAGAGCCCAGAAGUCGUAUAAUUCUUCGAAAAAGAAUACCAAAAAAGAGUCAACCAGACUCUUCAAAUAGAAGAUGUAGUCUCAGACCUAAAAAAAGAAGUUUAGGAGAUAUGGAAUCGGAUGAAAAUAUUAUGGAGUAUUAUUUAGAUAAAAAUUCAAAAUACAAGGCAAAUAAUUUAGAAACAAUUUUUGAAGAGACUGCAAAUACAAAUGAAAAUUUCUCAUAUAUGGGUGCAAAAAAAUACAAAAGAAUGAUUAAGUUUGAAGAACAACCUACUGAUAAUAAAUUGAAAAAGAGAAAAACUAAAAUUAAAAGAAUAUUUGGAUCUAAGAUUAAUUUUAGGCGAAAAUGUGGAUCUAUGGAUGUAUUACUUGAUAAGUUAAAUUAUAUUAGAAGUAACUCACCAACAAAUUCUGAAAGCGAAACAAAAUAGCUAUUAUAUUAUAAAUAUAUUUAGUAGUAAUUAUUUGAUUAUACUAUUUUUAUAAAAAUUAAGAAUACAUAAACUUUUAUGUUUUAACGGUUUCAUUAUCUCAGAACACGUUAGCACUAUUCACAUUUCAUCGUGAAAAGUACCAAAACACACAUUGAACAUAUAUUUAAAAAAACAAGUAUUAUAGCAUAGCUUUAUUACUUUCUACAAAUUUCAAAUUAAUAUCUAAUAAAUAGUUAAAACAAUCAUGCUUAAUAUAUGUAAUCGUGAUUGUAUAAUCUCGAAAUUACUAAAUACUUUUUAAUACUGAUACUGACAUACCGUCUUGUGGUUCUCUAUAAGACAUUUUAUAUAUUAAUGGUAAUACUAUCUAAGCAUGUAUUUAAAUCGAUGUAUUAACAUCACCUCACUUAGUUGGUUAUAUACGCUUGAAAUGAUCAAUAUGACGAAAGAGACCACAGUUUUUGCUACCAAAAUAAUAUUUUGUUAAAUGUUUUUCCUUCUCUUAUUUUAUAAGAUAUUUAAUAGUAUACAUAUAAUA